CGAACUGUUAUACCCCUAAAUUGUAAGCCUUAAUGCUAAUACAAUAUUAAAGACAGUCAUGUCAUCGUAAAGCUAAAACAGUCAUGUCAUCAUAAAGUAUGGGAUAUAGACACCAUCCGUUUGGUAGCAGUCAGUCUGCUUUGAGAUCUUAUCCAGAACGGUUAUUUUAAUCAACCCUAAUUACGAGUUUAAAUCUUUGUAUUAAUCAUUUCAAGUUAAUAAAUAUAGCUAACUUAAAUAAGUUUUUUUUUAAAAACUUAAAUUCCUGAACUCGUAUAACAUUUUGGUGGCAGCGGUGGGAUCCGGAUAUUCCAAGUGCCGUUCCGCAGACUCGCGCCGGAUCUCGCGUAAUCCAAACCGUAGUCCGUUACCAUACUACGAAUCCAGUGAAUCUUGUGAAUAGUGAAAUAAUAUUCAGUGCAAAUAAGUCCUGUGAAAUAAAUCAUACCCGUCAUACACUGUGGUGGUCCCAGAGAGGAUCUGUGCUCUAUAAAUAGAAGAUCAAUAUCCUGCCUAUCUUCGAGUUGCAACCACUCACCUUCGACGUGCCCCAACGUGUCCUCAACCUGUCCUGGACGCGUCAUUAACAUACCCUGGGAAAAGAAACAUCUACCUGUGAAAGAAUCAAAUUAAGAGAUAUAAUUACUCGCUACAUAUCACGCAUCGGAAUGUUCCCAGCCGUCGCCGUCGUGUUCUUAUCAGCCGCCCACAUUGUAUAUACACAAAUUCCAACCGGAGGUCAAUUGCAACAGGACUACGCUCAAGCAAUCAACGCUAGCGCAGGAAUAUAUUUUGACUAUUUAGGUACUUUGAAAAUCAAUAGUGCUGUUUUAAAGAUUAUAGUACCCAUAGAUAUUUCACAUUUUAACCCACACAUAGAAAACAUAAAACAUGUCCUUAAAAUUACUGAACACUUCUGUAAUCAAACCCCGACCAUUCAGUUGAAUACAGAUUGUUAUAGUAUGUUUCAACCUUUAGUUGUCCGCUAUCAUGAUUUAGGUAGGGGUUUCCAAGCAAUUUCUCAUUUACUAAACAAUAGAAUAAAACGUAGUUCUUGGUUUGGAGGCGUUGGCAUAGCCCUUAAACACAUUAUUGGUACUUUAGAUGAAGACGAUGCGGUAAAAUAUGAUCAAGCCAUAGAUAGUGUCCAAAAUGAUAUUAAACAAUUAUCCCAUUUAAUGAAAGAAAAUAUUUUAGUCACUACAUCCGUUUUAUCAUAUUAUAAUGAAAGCCUGAACAAGAUAAGAAAUAACGAAAUCAUAUUAAAUAACGCCAUUAAUAACCUCUCGUUGAACCUUAAAAAUAUUUCAGAGCUCACGAAUGAACUGCAUAUGUGGACACAUAUAAAUAAAAUCUUUGACAGCUUAGAAUCAUCAAUACUUACAUUGUCCUUCCAGUUAGAAGACAUAACAAACGCAAUUUUAUUCAGUAGUCAAAAUAUACUACACCCAGCCAUGAUAACACCUCAGCAGUUAUACCAAGAACUAGCCGACAACUACAGAUAUUUGCCUAACGGUCUAGAAUUACCUGUUUCAUUAGAUAUAAGUUCAGUUUAUAUAAUUUUAAGAUUAUGCAAAAUAAUUUGUUACUUUAUUAAUAAUAAGAUAAUAUUUCUAUUGCAAGUUCCAUUAGUGAAAAAUGACCAAUAUAUGUUGUUCCAUAACAUUGCUCUACCUACUCCAUAUAAUUCUAAACAUCCGAAUUCAUUUAGUUUAAUUAUACCAAGUAGUAAACACAUUGCAAUGACCAAAGAUAAGACUCAUUACUGCAGCAUAGACAACCUUGAACUCUGUAUAACUAUACAACCCGGAGAGUUCAUUUGUGACAUACCCGACAUAUAUUCCAUAGAUGCAAAACCCAGUUGUGAAAGUGAAUUUUUAUCCAAAAUUAUCAGCGAAGUUCCUAAACAGUGUGAUACAAAGUUUAUAUUUGGUAAUCUUGAUAUCUGGAAACCGAUACAGAAUAAUAAGUGGCUUUAUGUUCAAACCAAACCUAACAAAGUGUCUAUAGAUUGUAUAAAUUAUAUGCAUGAAAUUAAUAUUAUAGGAACUGGUAUACUUACCAUUCCCGACCGUUGUACUGCGUUCUGUAAAAGUACUACAUUGACACCUAAAUAUAAUGUGUUAAAUAUUACGUCACCAAUUAAUAGCAUUCCAGAAUUUAAUGUAAUCAAUGACCCUUGCUGUAACUAUGCUAAGUUUAAUGUUGUAAUAGAUAAUGUGUCUCCUAUUAAUCUUCAAAAUAUAGAUCUUGAUGAGAUAAAUUCGGGAAGUAAACUCUUAACAAAUUCCUUUUUACAUAGUCUAAAUAAUAUUGAAAACAAACCUCACAUAAUUAAAUAUGGGACACACUACUCUACUUUAGUAAUAAUUAUUUCAUUUAUUGUAACCUUAUAUCUAUUAUUUUUAAGUUUUAAACUUUUAAAAUACUUAAUGUUACUUUAUAAGAAUAAAAUAACCGUAAUAGAUAAACUCCCCACAGAACAUGACUUGAAACACACAGAAAUAGAAAUAGAAGAUUUUGCUCCUACAAGGACACAAAUAUAAUCAAAACUUAUUUACCCUUUAAGUUUUGUCUAAAAGGGGGAGAUGUUAUACCCCUAAAUUGUAAGCCUUAAUGCUAAUACAAUAUUAAAGACAGUCAUGUCAUCGUAAAGCUAAAACAGUCAUGUCAUCAUAAAGUAUGGGAUAUAGACACCAUCCGUUUGGUAGCAGUCAGUCUGCUUUGAGAUCUUAUCCAGAACGGUUAUUUUAAUCAACCCUAAUUACGAGUUUAAAUCUUUGUAUUAAUCAUUUCAAGUUAAUAAAUAUAGCUAACUUAAAUAAGUUUUUUUUUAAAAACUUAAAUUCCUGAACUCGUAUAACAGA